AUGAGCGCCGAAAAUGAUGAUUUCCGCGACCUCAUCACGUUUCUGGAGCCAACAACGAGGCUUGAUGUUCGACGGACGGCGCUCACGUACAUUUUGGAAGCGAGCGCCAAAUUGGAUGGAUCGGCCGGCACGCUUUAUAUGAGAGAGGAUAAACUUUUAGGAAAAGCUCUGCUCAAACUCGCCAGCUCGACGAUGUCCGACAAAAAUCAGUGCUACGCCGCGCUAACAAAUUUCACGUCAGGAUCACCGGAAGCUGCUGAUCACGUUCUUCAACACAAAGAACUUGUUGUUGAUGCUUGGAAUGCGUGUAUUAAACGGCUCCCCUACGCUGAAUACGCUUCACGACUGCUUGCCAAUUUAUCAAGGCAUUUCCCCGACCGGGUCUACUCUUUGCUCAAUGAGAAUGCUGACAAAUUUGUGCCGAAAAUCAUUGAAUGGUUGAAUGCAAGUGAAGAGAGUAAUGUUGCGACAUUUCUCGGAUAUGUUCUCGUCAAUCUUGCUACUCUGGCUCCGAUACGAAAGGAUCUCAUUGAGAAACCCGAGCUGAUCCCACCAAUUCGCUCCGUGCUUACGCUUAGUGAAGACGAAAGAAAACGAGAAAUCGCCGCUGAUAUCCUCCGAAAUUUGUGCUUUGAUGAUGGUCUACAUGAACAACUACUUGAUGAAAACGAUCAAUUUCUGAUCACGCUUCUAACACCACUUGCUGAUGCCGGUGAUAAUUUGGAUGAUGAUGAGAUGGAGAAAUUGCCGCUUUCACUUCAAUACUUUGAGGGAUCAAGAGAGAAAUCACUGCACAUACGUCAAAAAAUUAUUGAGUCGUUAUAUCAGUUAUGUUCGACUCGCCGUGGCAGAACGACAUUGCGGAAAAAGGGCGUCUAUCCGUUGCUGAGGGAACUCGAUCAGGCAACAUCGGAAAAGGCUGAUCCCAAUGCACCACCACCAAAAAUGAAACCACCUACCUUGCUGGCUCAGGAAGAGCACACUCUUCACGCACUCAUCGGGAUUCUCAUCCGCGAAGAGGAGGAUUUGUGCAUAUCAAGUGAUGUCCAUUCGCUUAAAGAUUUACGG